CCUGAUCUUUGUGUAGAUGGACUAACCGUCACAAUGUGGUUACGUAUACAAGCAAAAGAUGUCAACUAUAAUAGCGAAUAUCAGUACAUUAUAUCAUCUGGGGCCGAGGGUGAAUCUAUGAGAGGGAUCGUGUUUUUGCUGAAGGCAAAAGAUGAAAUUUAUAAGCUGUUAGUCCGCACAACCGCUCAAGCAUGGUCAAUUACAUUGCCGGCUGACCGUAUACCAAGCGUAUGGUUCAGUUUUGCAUUCUCAUGGAAAAGAACACUUGGGCUUGCUGUUUAUCUCAAUGGUUUUAAGGUAGAGGAAAAUUUAAAGCCGACAAACGUGGAAGGGCCAGAUGUAUCGAACUCUUUAUUCGUUGCUAGACCUGCAACAAGUACAAGUCUGGAGUAUCAGACGAAAUUCCGUAUUGAUGAUUUCGCCAUAUUUUAUCGCUAUAUGACCGACCAAGAAGUUCAAGGCGUUUUGUUUGAAGUGGGUGGCUCUCCACCACAAGGCGCAGAUCUAUGCACCCCUAAUCCAUGUAAGCAUGGGUCUUGCUCAGUUGAUAGUGAUACCGCCUCAGGAUUUGUUUGUCAGUGUUCACCUGGUUGGACGGGGGACUUGUGUAAUCAAGAUACAUCACAAACAAUUGGGACACCAGGUGGUCAAUCCACACAAACUCCAUCUGUUGACAAACCAAGUACUGGUCAAGGACGUCUGGAACCUCCAAACAAAUCUCAAAGUCCAGCAACAUCGCCUAAUGUCCUCAGAAUAAGCCGAGCGGUAAAGCAUCGUCUACCAAAUUCCAACACACAAGCAACAUCAAGCUCACCUGGAACAUCAAACCCGCCUGGAACAUCAAACCUACCCGGAAAAUCGAACCCACUCGGAACAUCAAGCGCACCCGAAACAUCAAAUCCACCAGAAACAACAAGCCCUCCCGGUACAUCAGACCCUCCCGGAACAACAAACCCACCAGAAACAAUAAGCCCACCCAGAACAUCAAACCUACCCGGAACAUCGAAUCCACCCGGAACAUCAAGCGCACCCGUAACAUCAAACCGACCAGAAACAACAAACUCUCCAGGCACAUCAAGUCCACCCGGCAUAUCAAGCCCACCCGGAACAUCAAGUCCACCCGGCACAUCAAGCCCAUCCGGAACAUCAAACCCACCCGGAGCAUCAAACCCGCCAGGAACAUUAAACCCUCCCGGUAAAUCAAGCCCACCUGGAACAUCAAACCUACCUGGAGCAUCAAACCCACCUGGAGCAUCAAACCCACCUGGAGCAUCAAAUCCACCCGGAACAUCAAGCCCACCUAGUACAUCGAGCGCGCCCGGAACAACAAGCCCACCCGGAACAUCAAGCUCACCUGGAACAUCAAACCCUUCCAGAACCUCAGGAGAAUCCUCCAACGUUCCGGGAACAUCGGCAUCAAAUCUUCCAGGAACUUUAAACCCCACAAACCCCACUAAUACGUCUCUAGGUAACCCAGGCACCCCUUCAUUAGCACCCAGUUCGCCCCAAGUUCCUACCAAUAUUCCCAGUAGUUCACCUCAAGGUCCUGGCAAUACGCAGAAUUUACCAGACGGCCCUCAAGAUCUUGGAAAAUCUAAUGCAAACACAUCAAAAACCCCUAGUACGCAAAAGAUUCCUAAGACAUCUGGCGGGUCUCCAGAUGCUCAUAAAACUUCUGAUAAAACCAAAUGCACGCCAAUACCUCCAGGAUCAAGUAUUUGUUCCUCGGCACCAUCACAAAGCCUGGCAGACGCCUCUCACACAUACCACUAUCAAUUGCCACCUAUCUUUGGGCCAUAUGACACCGGAGAUGAUUAUGGCUGCACACCACAGUGUAUGAGUGAUUGCACAUCGGGAGGUUGUUCUGGCGCAUGUUGCAGGUCGUGUCCACCCGUAUGCAAGAGAGUAUGUCGUCCAGAUUGCCCGUCCAGAUGCUGCGGAAAAAACGCAAUAAUCCCGCAACGGCGUCACGCAAUCGCGAGACCAUCCCGCCCGAUCACGAGAUCGCACCGCGCAACUGUGACUUAUUGAAACUUUUGAGGUGCACUGAAUUGUUGAUAAUCACCAAAUAGUUGUCGACAACUAUAAACCAUUUAAUAUUGCAGCCCGACUUUAUUAUAUUAUCAUAGGUUCUCUAUAUUUCUAUAC